AUGAUCGAGAUUUUUAUAAUUUUGGCCAUUUUUGGUGGCAUUGCCAAUGGAUCAUUACAAUUUGUGACAGUUAAAGGAACUGUUAAAUGUCGCGGGGUACCACAACCUGGAGUAUUGGUGCAACUUUACGAUGAGGAUACAAGUAAGUUUUUUAUUUCAUUUUUGAAAUCUUUCACGUCAAUCAUUUUUUAGUUCCACUGUUUGAUAGUGAUGAUUUCAUGGGUGCUACAACAUCUGAUCCAAAAGGAACAUUUUGUGUGAAAGGAUCUACUAGUGAGGUAAAAUUGUUUUCCAAUAGACUUGAAACAUCUCAUUAAAUAUAAACAUUUUUUAGUUCACUUCAAUUGAACCAUAUAUUUAUAUCGAGCACAAUUGUGGUUAUGAAGGUCAACUCGAAAAAGGAUAUUAUUUUGAAUUUAUCAAUGAUACUUAUAUUCACGAGGCCAAACCACAUAAACAUGAGAUUUAUCAUCACAGUGGAAUUGAACUUUGGCAAGAAGGCGCACCAGUUUCUAAGAACUCCACAACAGUUCAUAAACAUCAUCAAAUCUGCCGUUUCAAUCAAUCUUCAACUUUCCAAGAAGCUGUUCAAUUUUGCAUUCCACAUUAUGUCCAAUACAAAAGAUAUUAUGAAGAGGUAUGUAGGCUAUACAAUUUCAAUAUAUGUUUUGAAAUUAUUCAUUUCAGAAUGUUUAUACACAAGUUGAAGAGAUAAGAGUUCUUCCAACAGACGAGCCAACUUUUGAGCCUUCAACUAUUGAAAUUGUGCCAAAUCCAAAUCUUGAUAAGAAAGAAGAAGAUGCUCAAGCAAAAGUCGAUGCAGAUAGACGGAAAACCGAAGCUGAUGAAUUAGAAUUGAUCAGAAUUCAACAAGAAAAAAUACGACUUGAGAGAGAAGAAUUGGAAAGACAGCAAAGAGGUAAAACAAAAAUUGUGAGAUUUCUUCUCUCCUCAGAUUUUGACACAAAUUCAGAAAACUCUGUGAUAAUUAAAAGUAUUAGACAAGAACUAGGUAAAAUAUUCGUUGUGAUAGUUAUUAGUAUUUUUAUUUGUUUUGUAAAAAAAUGGUGAUUCAACAGAGCUCACUUUUGGUUAAUUUCUAGACGAGCUCACUUCUUGGUUUAUGUUAAAUUUAAGUUUAUUUGAAUUCCAAACUCAACUUAAUUUCAGAGAGAAUUGAAUUAGAACGCGCUGAAGCUGAACGACAGAGAAAAUACAAAGAAGAGAUAGAAAGAUAUAAUGAACAAGUUCGCAUACGAGAAGAAGAACAAAGGAGAUAUGAAGAAGAGCGUAAGCGUAUUGAAGAUGCAAGACGUGCUCAAGAAGAAGAAUUAGCUCGCCGAGCAACUUUGCCACCACCAGCUCCACCAAGGAAACCAACAAAUCCAUGUCAACUUGUCCCAAUUAUCACAGAUGAUGUAUGUUGUUUUUCAAUUUUUUCAAUCAAAAAAUAGGCCAAUCCAAAAAAAUGUUUGUUUCAGAAACGCACUGAAUACGUCGAAGAUCCAUGUGAACGUCGAAUUCGCAAAAAAUAA